UCCUCUUGGCUCACCCUCGAGACUCUGCGACUGACUAUCUCUUCUCCUCUGGCUUUGCUGUUUUCUGCCCUCUUGCUAACAUGGAAGCAACACGCCUAGUUGUCUUGCUCAGGUUAUGCGUCCAGAUAUUAGCCUUCCCUGCUUACUUGCUACGGUAUCUGGGUAUCUGGGAACCCCUUUGCAAGAAGUUAUUCCCCUACGUCAUGACUGUGGCGAGCAUCUGUUAUAAUAAGCAGAUGUCCGACAAGAAAAGGGAAAUGUUCAGCAACCUGAAGGACUUUGCCAGUCCUACGGGGGCCCUCUCACUGCUGGAGAUUGGCACAGGAAGUGGCACCAACUUUCAGUUCUACCCCGCGGGAUGCAAAAUCAUAUGCACUGAUCCAAACCCCAACUUCCAGAAGUUUCUCAACAAGAGCCUGGCUGCAAAUCCACACGUGCAGGUGGAACGCUGUUUGGUGGCUCCGGCUGAGGACCUGCAAGAGGUACCAGCUGCAUCGGUGGAUGUGGUGGUUUCAACGGUGGUGCUAUGCUCUGUGAAGAGCCCCGAGCAAGUUAUGAAAGAAGUUCUGCGGGUGCUGAGACCGGGUGGCGCUUACUACUUCCUAGAACACGUUGCAGGUGCUCCUUCCAGUUGGACUCUCUUCUGGCAGCAGAUCUCUGAUCCAACUUGGAUGUGUCUGUUUGACGGGUGCCACAUGACCAGAGAAACCUGGAACGUCCUGGAAAAAGCUGGCUUCUCAGAGCUGAAGCUACGGCACAUACAUGCUCCUUUAAUAUGGCCCCCUAUUAGGCCGCAUAUCAUAGGUUAUGCUGUAAAGUAGCUUGGAAAUAAAUUACUGAACAAGAUCUCCAUGCAGGUGUCUCUGGGUUGGGGUGUAGAACCUAAUCAUAAGAAUUAUAGGACAACCCAUCACUAUGUCACCUAUGGCCUGUGAACCUCUUGUGCAAUCUGUAAUUGGAUGCACACACAUGUAUGUUAUCGCCCAUCCAUUUCUUAUUUCCACUUGACAGACUGUCCAGCUACCUUCACUUUCCACAAUCCAGCUGCUCCCAUGCAGAUGUGAACGUUGUCAUAACACAUAGCUUGGGCUUGCCUCAUUCACUUACACGUGAGCAUGCAUGAACUACCAUAACUAUUCUCCCUGGAAGCAGCUGGUCCCCAAGGAGGUUGGGAUAUCAGAAGAAGAAGAGUUUGGACUUGAUAUCCCGCCUUUCACUCCCCUUAAGGAGUCUCCAAGUGGCUAACAAUCUCCUUUCCCUUCCUCCCCCACAACAAACACUCUGUAAGGUGAGUGAGGCUGAGAGACUUCAGAGAAGUGUGACUAGCCUAAGGUCACCCAGCAGCUGCAUGUGGAAGAGCGGGGAAGCAAACCCAGUUCACCAGAUUACGAGUCCACCGCUCUUAACCACUACACCACACCAUUGUCCAUUAACUUAAACAGAAUUUAUUUUUAAUUUGGAAGUUGAUUGAGAGGUUGCUAUCGCAGGUGCUGCCAGUGUGGUGCUUGCAGGCACACGCGUGCUAACAGAGGCCUUUCCUGAAACCCACGGAGUCCCUUCCCUGCACUUAAAGCAACAUUUUACUGAAGGUUAACAACAGGAAGAUUUAAAGGAACUAUUAGGAACUCAAGGCAGCAGAGAUAUGAGAUGAUCAGAGCCCCGCCCCCCCGAACUUGAAGCAUGGGAAGUCCCAAUAAAAAUUUAAAAUUUGGCAGAAUAUUUGGACUAUAUGAUAUUUAAUUGUAUAAUUUGGAAUAUUUAAUGUGAUUUGAUUGGAUUGUUAAAAUGGAAAAUUUAAUAAAUUAUUUUUUAAAAAAGAGCAACAUUUUACUGCAGCCGGUAUAACAGGUUGUGGAGUAUGCCCACAACAGCUUAU